AUGUUCCAAGGCCGCAGGUUGCCAUUGCUAGGCGACUCGCAAAACUCAAAACGUCACCGUUUUCCCUUGGCAUUAUUAUUAUUAUUAUUAUUUAAUUUUUUAAUUAAUUAAUUCAGUGGCACCGCAAAAUAAAAAUCCUGCUUCCUGCGGGUUAGAGUGCGAACAGCCAACACCAAAAAUGGUGAAGAAAGCUAAGAAACGCUCCCCAGCUUCUUCUUCAGUCUCAUCUCCUGCUACAAACCCUAAUACAAUGACCAAAGAGAAGAUGGCGUUGAGAGUAACAUCAACGGAGAGGAUGGUGCUGAGGGUAAGAUCAACCGAGAAGAUUAAGAGGGCGGUCAUGGAGAGCAGAGUUAGUGAGAAAGAGAAGAAACCUAGAUCAGGAAAUAAGGCCAAAGCGAAGACGAAGAAGAGAUCCCAGAGAGUAGACUCCAAGAAACCAAAGAAACCGCCCACUGCGUUCUUCUACUUCUUGGAGGAUUUUCGCAAGGAGUUUCAGGAACAGAAUCCAGAUGUCAAGUCAAUGCGUGAUAUUGGCAAGGCAUGUGGAGAGAAAUGGAAAACAAUGACAUAUGAGGAAAAGGUUCAAUACUACGAUAUAGCUACUGAAAAGAGAGCAGAGUUUGAUAGAGCCAUGGCAGAUUAUAUCAAGAGACAGGUAAACUUGUUUUGGUGUUCUUCAUGGUUGGGAACCUGGUUGUCAGCUGAGUUCCGGAAUGUGGAAUGGUUGACAUGGAAAAUAAUGCUUUAUUUCAUUUUAUAAGAAAUAAUAUUUUUGUUGCAGGAAAGUGGAGAGGAUGAAGAAAUUGAGGACUCGGAAGCUUACGAGUAGGCCGGUAAAUUAUCUCAUCUGGAAAAAACUAUGCUUCACUGGCAUUGAGACACAAUUGGGCGACAAAUUGUACAUUUUUUCAUGGGCAAUUGUUAACCUUUUAGUUUAGAUUAGCUGCAUCUGUAUCAUUUUGUGUAAAUCACCUCUUGGAAAAUUGUCUUUUCUGUGACAAGUAAAUUAGCAAUGUAGAUUUAACAUUUUGUUUAUUUACAUGAACUCCGUUUUUGGUUGCA